GGCAUCGAAACGACGGAAGAAAAAAGGAAGGCAGAACAGUGCAUACCGUACAAUACAAGGAGUGCUUCUUGUCCCGACAUUCGAAAAGAUAUACGGCACCCAAGAGGCAAAACACCCAGCAUCUAGGAAGAGAAAGAAACACGCAUGCCAGCAGAGGAAGAGAGAUUGGAUUUCUCGCCCGUUGCCAAAAACCACAACCACCAUUCGAUAGCCACGGACCGCGCCAUGAACUCCCGGCCACCGGCUCGAAGCACUACCAAAGUGCUGCUGCCCUUUCUGGCGGCGGCACUGCUGGCCUCCCUCGCCGCAACCCUGCACUCCCUGCGGUUCGAUCCGGGGGUGCCAACGAACGACGCCGGCCGGGGGGAGCCCCCGCCACCACCGAUCGAGCGGGUCCGCCUUUCGCUGGAGGAAAACCCGCGCUUCGAGCGAAGCGAGUUCACCCUGGACACCUUUCCGGUCGGGGGCGUCGACCUCGCCCUCUUUGGGCUCGGACCGGCUAAUUCUCCGCUGCCCGCUCCCGAACCCGGCCCGCGCGAGGUCUUUGACCUGUUUGCGGACUUUGACCUGUCCCCCAAGAUCGUCGGCAACGAAACGUGGGUGGACCUCCUCCGCUACCGGCGGGACGCGGACGCCACGAGCCUCUCCUUUUACGUCGACAAGGUCGCCCGAAAGCGGUGGCUCCGCACCCGAGACAACCUGGACGGCAUGGAGGCCUUUGUCCUCAAGUACGGCUCGGAGCUCCUCGGCGAAGGCGACGCUUCCGCACACGCUUCCGCACACACCGAGCGGAGCGAGAAACACCGCCGGGACGCGCAACAGGCCUCGCUCGAGGCCCUGCUGCCGGUUGGCAGGGACUAUGCCGCCAAGCCCACCCACCUCUCUUGCGCAGGCGGUGUCUGGCUGACCAAGACGGUCGGGAACACCACCCUCGUCGGCCACGGGAAAAAGCCCUUUGCCGAGAUGCCCGGCUUUGGAAGGGCCCUAGUGGCGGGGGACCUGGCCGACAGGCUGCAAACCGUCCAGGAGUCCUGCGGCCGGCGGGUUCCCGAGUCCCUGGCCCUGCGAAGGGUGAAGCCCGGGGUCGUCGUCGAGGAGCGCUUUGCCUCGUGGGAGGCCUCCACCGGGGAAACCGACGACGACCGGGGGGGGACCGAGUUCAAGGUCUUUACCAUCUGGGGCCGGGUCUGGCUGGCGGUCCAGAGGCCGGGGAUGGACGGGGCCGCGGCCAUCCUGCACCGAAACGGCACCCACCUGGCCUGGUCGGGCAAGUCCGAGCCCCUCCCGGACUGGAUCGACUGGCCCAGGAUCGUCGCCAUGGCCGAGGAGUCGGGGCGGAACAAGGACAUGUUCCGGACCGACGUUUUUGUGGGGGUCCCGGCCGGGGGAGGAACCCCCAAGGGGGACGGGCCCGCACCGGUGGUCCGGUACGUGGUGUCCGAGAGCGAGAUCCACCCGACCGAGUACUUCCACGUGAAGGGCACCCAGUCCAUCUUCAACGAGGGCGGCCGGUUGUGGCUGGCGGGCUACGCCAGCGGGAACUACCGGGUGGUCCCCAACACCGAGGUCCCCCCUGCCUUUGUAGAGCACGGCAUGCUGCCCGAAGCCUGGGACACCGACGCCGCCUGAGGGCAGAGCGCACCACAACAAACCGACGAACCCGGCUCGGGGGCAUCGUCGCGCCGAAUCGGCUCGCGCAGGCCAUACGAAUUCCACACCGCCAUUGCUGUAAACUAUAUGGAAAAACGCAAAACACUCUGGUUGGAAAUACACCGUGCCACUAUAA